CCCCACUCCCAGAGUGGCCAGUCUCCAGUAAUUGGACCCCGUAAUCCCCACUCUGCCGUGCUGGACGUCAUGAGCAUUGCGGUCCCUCUGGGAGUCACCACACCAGACACACCCUACUCAGAUAUGGCUGCUGGAUCCGACUAAGAGCAGCUUUAGGAAUUCAGAGUUUGUCGAAAAGCCCAAUCCCUAAAAUAGACUCUCAGUUCUUGAAGAAUUUAAAUGCGAAAUGCAAAUGAAGAAAGGAAGUGGAAGCCCCCCACCUUUCAAGACGAAGUGGCACCACAGCAGGAUGUGAGAGUCCAGCGACAGAGAGCCAAGGGGCCUAGGGGGCAGCAUCCCCCGGAAGCCAAGUCUAUUCCAGGCAGGACCAGGGAUUAGGGUCUGGGCUGGAGCAAUCCUGGUGUUUUGAAUGUGUUCAGGUCCAGUUCAGACUCUUGAUCCCACAGCCACUUCCUGAGUGAGGGCUUCCUGUCUUGGUAGUGAAUGGAAGAGGGCCUGGUCCCGGGGGCGGUGCGGAAGGCACUUUCGUCACCCCCCUCACUGCACAUGUCAUGUGAGGUUUCAUGGAAGUAUUAAGCGAUCCAAUUAAGAAGAAUAGCUCUGAGUCUAAAGCAGCCCACAGUGGCUCCUCUAGGGGAAGCUCCCCGCUCAGCUGCCCUGAAUCUGUGGAAGCUAGUCCAGCAGUUAAUGAGAAGAGCGUGUAUUCCACUCCUAACUAUGGGACCACUCAGAGGCAUGGGUGCCGAGGACUGCCUUACGCUGACCAUACUUACGGAGCCCCUCCUCCUCCGACACCUCCUGCUUCUCCCCCUGUCCAGACGAUCAUCCCUCGUUCGGACCUGAACGGCCUGCCGUCGCCCGUGGAGGAGCGCUGCGGAGAUAGCCCGAACUCUGGAGGAGAGACCGUUCCCACCUGGUGUCCUUGUGGUCUUUCUCAGGAUGGCUUCCUUCUCAACUGCGACAAGUGCAGGGGAAUGAGCAGGGGGAAGGUUAUUAGACUCCACCGGCGGAAGCAGGACAACAUAUCAGGUGGGGACAGCAGCGCAACCGAGAGCUGGGAUGAGGAGCUUUCUCCCUCCACGGUGUUGUACACAGCAACACAGCACACGCCGACAAGCAUCACCCUAACCGUUAGAAGAACCAAACCCAAGAAGCGGAAAAAGAGUCCAGAAAAGGGUCGCGCAGCAGCAAAGACGAAGAAAAUCAAGAGUUCUCCUUCCGAAGCCCAGAACUUAGAUGAGAAUACAACCGAGGGAUGGGAAAAUCGCAUCAGACUGUGGACUGAUGAGUAUGAAGAAGCUUUUGCUAACCAGUACAGUGCCGACGUGCAGAACGCCCUGGAACAGCACCUCCACUCGAGCAAGGAGUUUGUGGGCAAGCCUGCUAUUUUAGACACCAUUAAUAAGACUGAGUUGGCCUGUAAUAAUACUGUUAUUGGUUCCCAAAUGCAGCUCCAGCUGGGAAGAGUCACUCGCGUUCAGAAGCACCGGAAGAUCCUGAGGGCCGCCCGCGACCUGGCCCUGGACACGCUCAUCAUCGAGUACCGCGGGAAGGUCAUGCUGCGGCAGCAGUUCGAGGUCAACGGGCAUUUCUUCAAAAAACCAUACCCCUUCGUGCUCUUCUACUCAAAAUUCAAUGGUGUCGAGAUGUGUGUGGACGCGCGCACUUUCGGUAACGAUGCUCGCUUCAUCAGGAGGUCGUGCACGCCCAACGCAGAGGUGCGACACAUGAUUGCCGACGGGAUGAUCCACCUUUGCAUCUACGCCGUAUCUGCCAUCACUAAGGACGCCGAGGUCACCAUCGCCUUUGAUUAUGAGUAUAGUAACUGUAAUUAUAAGGUCGACUGUGCGUGUCACAAGGGGAACCGGAACUGCCCUAUCCAGAAGAGGAACCCGAAUGCUGCAGACCCACCCCUCCCACCCCCUCCCAGCCUCCCGACCGUCGGCGCCGAAACUCGGCGCCGGAAAGCACGACGGAAAGAGCUCGAGAUGGAGCAGCAGAAUGAGGCGGCCGAGGAGGACAGCAGCCAGCAGCCGGAACAGGCUCCGGAGAAGGCCCCGGUGGCCAGUGACAACGAGGAAAUAGACAAUCCUGAAGAAAAGGUGGCAGAGGAGAAAGAAGAGGCUGCCGACGCGCAGGAGAGCCCUGCUCACGGCCGCAGGACCCGGGAAGAUCGGAAGGUCGAAGCCAUCAUGCAUGCUUUUGAGAACCUGGAGAGAAGGAAGAAACGGCGGGAUCAGCCCUUGGAACAGAGCAGCUCUGACCUCGAGGUCCCCACCGCCGCCUCAGAGACUCCUGCGGGAGAAGAGCAGAAAGCAGAGGCCCCCGAAGCGGAAGCCAGCAACCCUGUCCCCAACGUCACUGUCCCGAGCACGCCCCAGAGUGUGGGCGUGAACACCCGGCGGUCUUCUCAAGCAGGGGAGGCCGCCGUAGAGAAACCCAUCCCCAGGCCCCCCCCAGCAAAGCCUUCCAGACCCCGGCCCAAAAGCCGCAUCUCCCGGCACCGGGCCAGCUCAGCCCAGAGACUGAAGCGCCAGCGGCAGGCCAGCGCGCAGCAGGCCGAGGCGGCGCAGGCGGCCCUGGAGGAGGGCGGGGCCCACUGCUCGGCCGCGCCUGCCGAGCCCGGGAGCACGGACAGCGCGGGGGAGAGCCGGCAGGCCGCGGGGGCCGACCCGGCCCUUGCCUCAGUCACCGGGGCCCAUGUCAACCGCGCCGCCGCGAAAUACCCCAAAACCAAAAAGUACCUUGUGACCGAGUGGUUGAACGACAAAGCGGAGAAGCAGGAGUGCCCCGUGGAGUGUCCCCUGCGCAUCACCACGGACCCAACUGUCCUGGCCACGACUCUGAACAUGCUGCCCGGCCUGGUCCAUUCCCCCCUCAUCUGCACCACCCCCAAACACUACAUUCGCUUCGGCUCCCCCUUCAUCCCCGAGAGGCGACGCCGGCCGCUUCUGCCUGACGGCAUGUUCAGCUCCUGUAAGAAGCGCUGGAUAAAGCAAGCCUUAGAAGAAGGUAUGACGCAGACAUCACCUGUACCCCAAGAGACUCGAACUCAGCACCUAUACCAAAGUAAUGAAAGUAGCUCCUCGAGUAUCUGCAAAGAUAAUGCAGACCUGCUAAGCCCCUUAAAGAAAUGGAAGUCGCGCUACCUGAUGGAGCAGAACGUCACCAAGUUACUGCAGCCUCUCUCUCCCGUCACGCCGCCCCCUCCGAACGCCGACUCCAAGAGCCCCCAGCGGAGCAGGCCUGGCCCGGCCCACCCCGGGGAGGACGAGUGUCGCAACGGCUACAGCCUCCUGUUCUCGCCCGUGGCCUCGCUGACCACCGCCAGCCGCUGCAACACGCCUCUGCAGUUCGAGCUUUGUCACCGGAAAGACCUGGACUUGACAAAAGUGGGCUACCUGGACUCGAACACUAACAGCUGCGCCGACCGGCCCUCCCUCAUCAGCGCGGGGCACUCGGACCUGGCUGCACACGGCGCCGCGGCGGACACCGGCUUUCCCAGCAGGAAUGCAGGCGACGGGCGGAACUCAGAGCAGGCCUCGUUUCGGACCGAGUUUAACCUGAUGUACGCCUACUCCCCGCUGAACGCUAUGCCCCGGGCGGACGGGCUGUACCGGGGGUCCCCCCUGCUCGGGGAUCGGAAGCCUCUACAUCUGGACGGGGGCUAUUGCUCCCCUGCCGAGGGCUUUGCCAGCAGAUACGAACAUGGUUUUAUGAAAGACCUCUCCCGCGGAUCCAUGUCGCCGGGCGGCGACAGGGCUUGUGACGGACUGCCAUCCGCACCCCAGAACCCCCCCCAGAGGAAGAAGGUGUCCCUGCUAGAGUAUCGCAAGCGGAAACAGGAAGCCAAGGAGAACUCCGCGGGAGGGGCCGGCGACUCUGCGCAGAGCCGGAGCAAGUCUGCGGGCGCCGGGCAGGGCGGCAACUCGCUGUCUGACGCCGGCGUGCAGGGCUCCUCGUCCCGAACCCCGUCUUCCCCUCACAAGAAAUUCUCCCCGUCUCAUUCCUCUAUGUCUCACUUGGAGGCCGCGAGCCCGACCGAUUCCAGAGGCUCGUCGUCUCACUGCAGACCCCAGGAGAGUAUCAGCAGCCGCUGGAUGGUCCCCACGUCAGUAGAGCGGCUCCGAGAAGGCGGGAGCAUCCCCAAGGCCCUCCGGAACAGCGUGCGGGUGACCCAAAAGGGAGAGCCGUCGCCCACGUGGGAGAGCACGAGCGCCGAGAAGGACGCAGCCUGGAAAUCUACCUUAAAGGACGAAGAGGAAAGGAGACAAGUCAGGGGCCUGAGAGAUAGUACAGCGGGGAGGGCGCUCGCCUUGCAUGCGGCUGACCCAGACCCCACAGACGCCGAGGGCCCCGAGAGCCUGAGCUCAGCCCGGGGAGCCGUGUACAGCCCCUCCCGCUACGGCUACCAGCUGGUGCAGUGCGACAGCCCCCGGACGGACCCCCACAGCCUCCUGCAGCCGGGCUCCUCGCCCUUCCGGGGCCACCCCACCCAGUCUCCAGGGCACAGCUUCCGGACUGCCUCGCUCCGGCCCGGCAACCCCCCGUCCCUCGGCCCCUCCGAGUCCUCCCUGUCCUCCGCGUCCUACUCCAGCCCCGCCCACCCCGUGUCCACAGACUCGGCCCCCUUCGCGGGCACCCCGGGCUACUACAGCAGCCAGCCGCACUCGGGCAGCGGCCUCCCCCGGCGGAGCUGCUCGUCCACCGCUGCUAGCCCGACCCCGCAGGGGCCCCCCGACUCCCCCGCCUCAGACUCCGUCUCUCAGUCCAGCACAGGAACGCCCAGUUCCGCCCCCCACCCCCAGAACUCUCGGGCCUCGCUGCCGUCGGACUUGCGGACUAUCAGCGCGCCCGCCGCCCAGCCGGCCCCCCGGGCCCCCGCGGCCGCCAGCUCCCAGCACUACCCGCACCGCGGCGCGGGGGGCCUGCACCCCUACCGGCUGCAGCCGCUCGCGGGCUCCGGCGUCGAGACGCACACAGGCCUCUCCUAGGCGCGGGCACUUGGG